UACUGAGAAACAGAGGCAUUUAGAGCUCUGGACUCUCCCUUAGGGCAGUGCGCCACCCCCUUGUCUGGGGUGCAGGCUCUCGGUGACCCAUCACGAUAAUGCCAGAGUGAGGUGUCUCCACUUAGGACAGUGUUUGCAGUGCUCCCACAAAUGGGCGAGUGAAGUUGGUUCUGGCUCUGUGGUGUUGCCAUCUGAAUACACCUGUGGUCUUCUCUGGGAAAGCUUUGUCCUAAAGAUUAUGGGGUCAUUCAGGACAAUGGUGCCCACACCUUUGGAACUUGGCCAGUGUGUCCCACAUCACAGAGGCAUCCUCUGAGGGCAUACAUAGGUGCCUGUCCUGGCUUGGUACCCCAACUCAGGAAUCCCAGGGGCUGGAUGGUGAGUACAGGAAGCCAGUCCAGGAUUUUGGCAUCUGAAAAUACCCUGACUCCCAGGCUGCCAGGAGCCCUCAGCAGAUUCCCAAAGCUUCUCUCCACAUAGGUGCUUACAGGGUGAGCCAGUGGGAUGUGUCCUAAUCUGAUGGUUGUCCCAGCUGACUGGAGACUGGUUUUUUAUUACCUACUCCAGUUAGCCUCCUGCCAGUUAAUCCUACCCUGUGGGUUGCACAAAUGUGCAUUGAUUCACAGCAACAAAUACUUAUUUCCUGUCUACUAUACUAGAAAAUGGAAAAAUGACUGCCACACCUGAUUUCUGUCCUCCAAGAGACACCAAGACAGAGGGAAAGGAAUUACUGUAUGUCCUUGAUGGUGUGAAAGAAGAAAGAUAAGACGCUGCACUAUACUCAUUGUCCCUAUUAGCAUGAAGCCUCUUGAGUUCAUAAGUGUGAAACCGUCGACGCUGGGACAGGAACUGCAGUAGUGAAGUGCUGGGGACACGGUUCCCAGAGGAGGCGCUGCUGGAACUGCCUCCGAGGAUGCAUGAGGCACCAGAGAGCAGAGCGUGAGAAGGGUCAGGACAGCCUGCUGUAGGUGGUGUGUGCCUGGAGCCUGGACUGGCGGGAUUCGAGGCUGUGCUGCUGAGGGAGGCCAUGAUGAAAGAGUCUAGAACAAGAGCUUUGAUAAAUACUGUGAAGGAAGAAGUUAAUCCUAGCAGCCUUAACAAAGGGACCUGAUGAACAAGUCUCAGAUCUUUGUCAUUUGUUCCAUGGUGUAUUAUGAUCAUUUUGCUGCUGGAUUUUGGUUGGUUGUGUGAAGAUUUGCCAGUGUAAACCCUUUAACGAACAAGGACCGGCCCUUCUCAGAAUGGAGUGAAGGGCCGGCUACGGGGACCUGUGCGGAGAACCAGCUGCCAGGCUGGUAGCAUGUCUGCGCCCUGGCGGUGCUCAUGUGCCUGUGACGCCUGCACUGGCUUCCCACCCAGAAGGCUGGAGCUCGGGGAAUGCCCAGAUGCUGUCCCCCGUGUGCAGGCCCUUCCACCAGUGUGGAGCCCGUGCCAGGCAGCUUGCUGCCACCCAGGGGGCACCGGAGCCACUGGUGGUGUUCGGGUCGGUACAGGCUGACCCUGUGCUGCCUGCCCACUGGGCGGACUGUCUGAACACUGGCCAGCUGUCUGCAGCACGGUGAGGGGCUGGAGCACUGCUACCACGCACCUGUCUGCGUGUGCCUGGGAUUGACCCCUGGCUUGUGUUUUCAAACUGUGCCAGGUUCUAAGACAGCGGCCCAUCCUGACUUUGACCAGUAAUGAAAGAAUGUCCAGAAUGACUCACCAACCAUUCAGCUGUUAGUUCUUUGCUCUGUCAAUUUUUAAUUUAUUAGCAAAACCUCAAGAAAAUAAGAUAUGCAGAGCCCCUGUGGUUAUGGUCAGUCACCAAACUAGUAUGACAAGGGUCCUGCUCCUCUUCUGUCCCUUCCCAGAGUCCUGGCUGGUACUUGGCCUUCUGCAGCUACCUGUGUGUCCUGCAUUCCCCAGCAGGCCUCCCCACAGCUGAAGACUCUACCUGUCUGAUUUUCCAGGGCACACACUGGCUUCUCUCUCUGUGCUAACUUGCGUUGGACCCCACCAGAGCUCUCUGAAGUGUGUGUUCUGCUACAUGUGCGAGGCUGAGGCCAGCAAAGGUCAUCGCUGCCCCAUGCCCCGGAGCUGAGAAGCCUUGAAAACCCAUUUCUGCACCCCAACAAGCCAUUCUGUUCGUCUGUGCAAAAGGAGUAAGGGCUGUGCCCACAGUGGGAGGUAAAAUGAGCCUGCCUGACAGCGUGGCGAUGUUAACGACCGCUGCAUAAGCCUGCAAAGGUGGCUCUCCAGGCUUUUGCUGUGCCUUGCUUUUGGGGCCUGUACUUGGUUAUCUUUUUCCUAUAAACAGCAUUUUGAGCUUCUCUUUAAAAACAUCGAAGAGUGGAACUGAGAUCCCUGAUUGGGUGUACGAAGGAGACCCCCUGUCACGUGUCUCCAAGACUGGAAAUCAUGAUCAGAAGUAUCUUUCUGUUUUUGGACCGCACUUACGUCCUCCAGAACUCCAUGCUUCCCUCUGUCUGGGAUAUGGGAUUAGAACUAUUUAGAAACCAUAUCAUUAGUGACAGAAUGGUUCAGAGUAAAACUAUUGAUGGCAUUCUACUAUUAAUCGAACGAGAGAGAAAUGGUGAAGCUGUGGACCGGAGCUUGCUGCGAGGCCUGCUGAGCAUGCUCUCUGACCUUCAGGUAUAUAAAGACUCAUUUGAAUUGAAAUUUUUGGAAGAAACUAAUUGUUUAUAUGCUGCAGAAGGCCAGAGGCUAAUGCAAGAAAGAGAGGUUCCAGAAUAUCUUAACCAUGUAAGUAAACGUCUAGAGGAAGAAGGAGACCGAGUGAUCACAUAUUUGGACCACAGCACACAGAAACCGCUGAUUGCGUGUGUGGAGAAACAGCUCUUAGGAGAACAUUUAACAGCAAUUCUGCAGAAAGGGCUGAACCAGUUGCUUGAUGAGAACAGAGUGCCCGACCUCACUCAGAUGUACCAGCUGUUCAGUCGUGUGAAGGGCGGGCAGCAGAGUCUCCUGCAGCACUGGAGCGACUACAUCAAGACUUUUGGGACAACAAUUGUUAUCAAUCCUGAGAAGGAUAAAGACAUGGUGCAGGACCUGCUGGAUUUCAAGGACAGGGUGGACCAUGUGGUAGAGGUCUGCUUCCAGAGGAAUGAGAAGUUCGUCAGCCUCAUGAAAGAGUCCUUUGAAACGUUCAUCAACAAGAGGCCAAACAAGCCUGCAGAGCUCAUCGCAAAGCAUGUUGAUUCGAAAUUGCGAGCGGGUAAUAAAGAAGCCACGGACGAAGAACUGGAGAGGACGCUGGACAAAAUCAUGAUCAUAUUCCGGUUCCUGCAUGGUAAAGAUGUCUUUGAAGCAUUUUAUAAAAAAGAUUUGGCAAAAAGACUCCUUGUUGGAAAAAGUGCCUCUGUCGAUGCUGAAAAGUCUAUGCUGUCAAAAUUAAAGCACGAGUGUGGUGCGGCUUUUACCAGCAAGCUGGAAGGCAUGUUCAAGGACAUGGAGCUCUCCAAGGACAUCAUGAUUCACUUCAAGCAGUAUAUGCAGAACCAGAGCGACCCAGGCUCUAUCGAUCUAACGGUGAACAUCCUCACCAUGGGGUACUGGCCGACAUGCACGCCUGUGGAGGUGCACUUGACUCCAGAAAUGGUUAAGCUUCAGGAAGUAUUUAAGACAUUUUAUCUCGGGAAGCACAGUGGCCGAAAACUGCAGUGGCAGGCUACUCUGGGGCAUGCCGUUUUAAAGGCAGAGUUUAAGGAAGGGAAGAAGGAGUUCCAGGUGUCCCUCUUCCAGACGCUGGUGCUGCUCAUGUUCAAUGACGGGGACGGGUUCGGCUUCGAAGAGAUAAGAACGGCCACGGGCAUCGAGGACAGUGAGCUGCGAAGGACGCUGCAGUCCCUGGCCUGUGGCAGAGCGCGUGUUCUGGUUAAAAGCCCUAAAGGAAAAGAGGUGGAAGAUGGGGACAGGUUCGUCUUCAAUGGCGAGUUCAAGCAUAAGCUGUUUCGGAUAAAGAUCAACCAAAUCCAGAUGAAGGAAACUGUUGAAGAACAGGUGAGCACCACCGAGCGAGUAUUCCAGGACAGGCAGUACCAGAUCGACGCCGCUAUCGUCAGAAUAAUGAAGACGAGGAAGACUCUCGGCCACAACCUCCUGGUUUCCGAGCUGUAUGAUCAGCUGAAAUUCCCAGUGAAGCCUGGAGAUUUGAAGAAGAGAAUUGAAUCUCUCAUAGACAGGGACUACAUGGAGAGAGACAGAGACAGUCCCAAUCAGUACCACUACGUGGCCUGACGCGCUGGCCGGCCGCUCGCCCUCCUUGAGGCACUAGAGGGCAUCUCAGAGCAGUGAGUGCUCCGCGCUGUCCCUGGACCUUGCUGGGACCGAGCCAGCGCGGGCACUUGUGGAUCAGAAGGACAGGAGGUGGCUCCUGGCCCUGCUUGACAAGACCUAAGGGCCUGCAGAUGGUAAAUGUGUCUUUCCCUCUGGUUGUUCUCGGCAUUUAAAUCUUUUCAGUUGCUCUGCAGAAUGACUGUGAGAUUGGACCAGAAGAUCCUGUAGCCGAGAGACAUUAGGAGGAAACGGUCAGUGUUGAAACAGGCUAAUCAGUUACGCAAGCUAUGCUGGCAUCUGUUUCGUUUAUUUUCAGAAAGUUUCCAACUUUGAGGACCGGUUUCUUUAUAAUGAGGUUUCUCGGUAAGGUCUCUGCCAUGCCAAGACAGCAUUGGGUCUGACGUGUUGAUGCCAUGAAGCCAUUGGCGGCUUUAUUUCCACAGUUACUUGUGAAUUUUCUGUUGAAGGGUUUGAGUGUGUUUGUGUUUCCCAUUCUGAGACUGAGUCUAGCAGUCCUGUUUGAUUGCUUUAAUUGCACCACUGUGUGAUUGCUCUGGGAAAGUCUGGUUUUGUGUUCACAGCCGUGCACACGGAAGGGCCGCUGCAAGCACUUCUGUAGGGAACUUGGAGUCUUGCUGUGGGGAGGCAGAGAUAAUUUUGUCAGAUUGAAAGGAUUCGUUGGCACCUGGCUUCACAUGUGUAUGUAUACAAGUGAGGUUGGAGGGGAGUGGCUGUCAUUGUAGCUGUAACAAAGAUACUUUUGUGGUAACAUCUAAAAGUACUUUAUAUUUUACAUAAUAGCAUGUUUCAUUUUGAUUAAAAGCUACCAAAGGAAUUUUGAUCAUGGUAUAAGUGUUUAAAGCAAUAUUUUCUGGAAUAUACAAAGUUUAUAUAAUUUGAUUUUGUGCUAAAUUAUUAAAAGAUUCUCCCUUUUUGAAACAUGCGUGUUUAAAAUCUGAUAUCUUGUGGGCUUCCAUAUGAAAAUCCUCAUUCUUAGGUAUCAUCCUGAUUUCUGUAUCUGUGAAUUUUCAUUUGUGAGCUCUGUAGUGUGUGGUCUGUAAAAGACUAAAGAGAUUUUUACUAGUCAAGUUUUAAGUUCAUUGUCUCUAGAGAGUGUCAAUAUUGUAAUUUAAUGUAGACUUACCUGAAUAAAAUCAGUUUAAUUGGCCUUAA